CGGUGCCUCUUUUCUCCUCGUCUUUCCCUGGGGAAAUCGGGACACAGCGAGAUAUCAAGGAGCUGGGAUGAAGCCCUCCUUCGCUUUCCUGCUCGUGAUGUUAGGAGCUGUGAUGAACGGCCAGCUGGUGUACGACAAUGUAUCCCUCCUCUACCCCUACGGUCCGCAGCAGCAUGACCAUAAGAACCCCAAACUCGAUGAUGGGACAUCGAAGGAGAUCUCCCUCACCGUGCCCUUCACCUUCUACGGCAAAAAGCACCAAACCCUUUACGUGAACAACAACGGUGUGGUUUCCUUCGGCGUCCGGGUCAAACAAUACACCCCCGACCCCUUCCCCCUGGCCGACGGACGCCCCUUCGUGGCCCCGUACUGGGCAGAUGUGGACAAUGUGCUGGGAGGGGACAUCUUCUACCGAGAGACCACUGACCCAAUGCUGCUGGCACGCAUCACCAAGAACAUCAACCAUUACUUUCCCAAGAUCCCCUUCACCGCCAUAUGGGCUUUUGUGGCCACCUGGGACCACGUGGCCUACUACGGCUCUACCAGCAAAAAGGUAAGGCGCGGGAACACCUUCCAAGCCGCCCUGACCACCGACACCAAGACGUCCUUCAUCAUCCUCAACUACGAGGAUAUCCAGUGGACUACAGGGAAGGCAAGCGGCGGUGAUGCCAAAACAGGUCUCGGAGGCACCCCGGCCCAUGCCGGCUUCAACAGCGGCGAUCAAACCAACUUCUACAACAUCCCCGGCUCCCAGACCGAAGCCAUCAUCAACAUCACCCAGACCUCCAACGUCAACAUCCCGGGGCGUUGGGUCUUCCAGGUGGAUGAAUUUAAGGUGACGGGGGUCCCCACCGAGGUGCCCAAGGUCGCCGGCAGCAACAACUGCUGGUUAUAAAUCAAGGCGCCUGGGGCAGAGGAACCGUCCCCAUCGUCCCCGUUGUCCCCGGCGUCACA